AUGCCGCCGUGCCGCCGAGGAGCGUCGGGCUACCGCGGCGUCCGCCAGCGCCCCAACGGUUGGUACUACUCCGACAUCCGGUCCGGCGACGUCCGGCUCGCCCUCGGCACCUUCGAGACGGCGCACGAGGCCGCCCGCGCGUACGACGCGGCGGCGUGGCGCCUAGGCAGGCCGUGCCCGCAGAUGAACUUCCAGGACGUCUACACGCUCCAGCAGGCGCUGGACGUCGCCCCUCCGCCUCGUCUUAUCACGGCACAAGACCGUGCGGAGCACGUUGAGCGGCAGCGCCGCCUCCUCAUCGCCGAGGAGGACGAGCGGGCCAUGGCGGAGUGGCGCUGGCGCCACCCGGAGGACGUCACCGACGAGCAAGCCUACUAG